GCUGCUUCAAACGGAUUAGGUCAGUCAGAUGAAUAGACUCAUCCAGUUCAGUGAAAAGAAACAAUUCAAAAGAACAAUUCGUUCAUGAACUGGACAUCUCUAGCGGGAAGAGCUGGCAGGCAAUGAGUAGAAGACCUUUAAAUCAGGGGAGGAGAGCAGGCCGCCGCAGGAGAUAGGAAGACCCAAUAUCAGCUGCCUCCCUCUUAUCUCCAGUCCCUAGACAGAGGUCAUCGUCCUAACUGACGUUCCCGACAUGGACUUCCAGAAAACCUUAAUGGAUUAUAAAGAAAUUGUUGUACAACAUGUGUUCGACAUUCAAAGCUUUAUCGAUGAUUCCUUCAAAGAACUUGAACCAUCUCAUCUUAUAACACUAACGGUUGCCUCCACACUGCUGACUGUAUGGACGUACAACUUCAUAUUUAAUCGGGAAAGUGUAAAGUCCAGAUGUAAGAAGCAAUUUUUCCGGAUAAUCAGAAGAAUGCCAUUUAUAGGUUCAAAAGACUGUUACUGUGAUGAGGAGAUGUCUUCUGCGUCUGGAGAAAAGAAGAUCCAGAAUGAACUUGAUAAAGCUUUGGAUUACAUGGCUCAUCGACUGCUAAAUGUGAAAGACGGAAUUAGCUUUGUAAAAACUAUCCCACACACUGGACUUAAGCAAGAACAAGUUAUGGAGAAAUUAAAGGAAUACUCUGCUCUAAGUGAGGUGUCAUGGGAGCAAGGAAAAGUGUCUGGAACGGUUUAUAGCGGAGAUGAACAGCUUACCCAACUUCUUGUGAAGGUGUACGGAGAGUUUGCCUGGAGCAAUCCUUUACAUCCUGAUGUUUUUCCCGGUGUACGUAAAAUGGAAGCAGAAGUAAUAAGAAUGGCGUGUAACCUUUUUAACGGAGGUCCUGAGACAUGUGGAGCAUUGACAUCUGGAGGUACCGAAAGCAUCUUGAUGGCCUGCAAAGCGUAUAGAGACCUGGCAUAUGAAAGAGGAAUCAAGUACCCAGAAAUUGUUGCUCCAGUAAGUGCUCAUACAGCAUUUGAUAAAGCGGCUCAUUAUUUUGGCAUGAAGAUGGUGCAUAUCCCCCUGGAUAAGAAAACCAUGAGAGUGGAUGUGAAGGCUAUGAGGAGAGCAAUCUCGAAAAACACAGCGAUGCUAGUUUGUUCUGCCCCACAUUUUUCACAUGGUAUUAUUGAUCCUAUAGAAGAAUUAGCUAAGCUGGCCCUUAAAUACAACAUCCCUUUUCACGUGGAUGCCUGUUUGGCUGGAUUUCUCAUUGUAUUCAUGGAGAAAGCUGGUUUUCCUCUUCCGCCAUUUGACUUUAGGGUCAAAGGAGUGACAAGCAUCUCGGCAGAUACUCAUAAGUAUGGCUACGCACCUAAAGGGUCUUCAGUGAUACUGUAUAGCCACAAGGACUAUAUGCACUAUCAGUACUUUGUUGCAUCAGACUGGCCAGGUGGACUGUAUGCUUCUCCGUCUAUAGCUGGCUCUCGACCUGGUGGGAUUGUAGCUGCUUGUUGGGCAACAAUGAUGCACAUGGGGGAAGACGGAUAUGUUGAAGCCACCAAGAAUAUAAUUUCGACUGCACGCUUCAUCAUAAAAGAGUUGCAAAAAAUGAAAGAAAUCUUUAUUUUUGGGAAUCCUGAGGUUUCAGUGAUCGCAAUUGGUUCAAAAGUUUUUGAUAUCUGCCGCCUGUUUACCUCUUUGACAGCAAAAGGCUGGAAUCUGAAUACACUUCAAUUUCCAUCAGGUAUUCAUAUAUGUCUCACAUUGCUGCACACAAAACCUGGAGUAGCGCAACUUUUUGUGAAGGAUGUCCGAGAUUCAUUGUCUGUGAUCAUGGAAGAUCCUGGAGCCAAAGCUACUGGAGUGGGUGCGAUAUAUGGGAUGACGCAGAUGAUUCCAGAUAGAUCCAUGGUUUCUGAAAUUUUAAAAGCGUACCUGGACUGCUUGUAUCUCACAGAAUUGCCACCCAAUGUCAAACAUAUAAAUGGUUCACCUGGACACCAAUAGACAUUACUGUUUUCCUUUAGGCGGUACUAUUCCAAAUGGUUCCACAGGGCAGCAGAAUCUCACAGAGACUGCUUUUUAUUACUUUUUACUUUUAGUUGACUUUUAAGGGAUGUGUCUUUUUGAUGUUUUAUAUGCUCAAUGAUUAAGGUGCUUGUUGCCUAGAAAUAUUGUUCCCUUUCCUACAGAAUUGACAACAUGAGUAAUAUAUGUGCCUCGUAACAUCCGAUGAUUCGAAUACCAUCUGUCCCUGUGAUCUGUUUAUUCAUGUGCUCCUGUCUGCUCAUAAAAUCAUCACUAUUUCACACAAAUGUGAUGUCCAGGCUCAACAAUACACAAAACUGCAACAUAGGGACACAUGUGAAAAACGUGAUGCAUCAGUAGUCUUCUCUGCUUUCUUUACAGUGACCAUAUUAGAAAAGUCCCUGGAAAGCACAGAGAUGGGAUAGUUUUAAGUAUUAAUGGGAUUGAUUAAGUAUAGAUCUUGGUGGCCUAUAUCUUAGGAUGUGUCAUCGAGGAUUAACCACUGUCGCCAUCCAAUAUUACUAGAAUGAAGUGGCAGCAGCAGUAGGAAGCACAGAACGGAGCCAACAGUAGGCACAGCAUUGUGCUUCCCUAAGCAUAAUUCCAUGUACAACUAUUCUCCAUAAUUGAAUGUCUAGUACAAUGGAGAUCAUAAAUACAAAUGGUUAAUGGUGUAGCUGGUGGAUGUCAAGAUUUAUAGAUAGAAAACAGUUUCUGUCACUAGACAAUUAAAGUUUUUAAUUUUACUCAUCAAAAAAUUGCACCUCCAAUUUAUUGAUGAGUAAGAUUACUGGAAAUCACAAAGGACAAUAAUUGUUCUCAUGUGCAAUGUUUUUGGGAACCCGUUGGACUUCAACACGUUUACUGUAUGUUCUGUUUUCAAAAUUGUCGAUUGUUAUACUUAAUUUUUUUUUCCUUUUUUUUUUUUUCCUUUUUUUUAUCCAAAUUAAUCUGUAAUCUUUAUAAUGAUUUCCUUACCACUUGGAACCGAACCCGAGUUCGGGAAAUAGUUUUUUACAGUAUAAAUCAAUUUCUGAAGUUAUUAUGCAAAGUUUUGCGAGACUUCGUGAAGUAAUAACUUCGGCCAAUACAUUUUAAUACUAUACGGGGAGCUCGCUCCGUGCAGUGUUGAAACAAAGUUUUAUACGAAAAGACUUCGGAUGUUUCAUCUGAAGUCGAUUUGCUCAUCCCUAGUGAUAAUGCUCCCCAGGAGUGCCUCCAUUAGUAGAAGGAUCAAAUUUACAGGUGUAGUUUGUGCUGUUAGACAGAAAGGUGCACUAUAGGGUAAUACCAUAUAGAACAGGUAUGACCACUAUAAAAGCUUCUAAGUUUUGUUUAGCUGGUAAGGCUCCUGAAAGCAAUGAGUUAAAGUACUUAACUAGAUAGGGACCUAUGAUGGGGAAGAAUUUCUUGUAAUAAUUAACAGGUAGCCCAUCAGGGCCCGGGCUUUUGCCUUUGGGAACAGAGGAUAAAAUUUUGCUCACUUCUUCUAAAGUAAUUGGAGCCACAAGAGAGGUUUUGGCUUCCUCAGGAAUAACCGGCAGCUCUAGAGCGUCCAGAAAGGUUUUAAUUGAUUGGGAUCUGAGAGUAGAUUCCCCUUCCCGUUCCCCUGAUCUAAUGUUAUAGAGGGAUUGGUAGAAUCCGGCAAAGAUUCCCGCUAUGCCUGAGGAGGAGGUAUGUUUUUUGCCUUUUUCAUCAACCAUUUGACUGAUAAAGGAACGUUGGAUCUUUUUUUUUUUUUUUUACUAGGGUAGACAUGAGCUUAUUGCCUUUAUCGCCGUGGGCAUAUUGUCUGUGCCUAAGUCUCAGGUUGAGCUGCCUUCAUAUUCAGAACAGAUUUUAAUUCAUUCCUCAGAACAGUCAAAGUUUUAAGAAUAUCAGGGGUCAAGGAACUUUUGUGGGUUGCUUCUAAUUCCGUUAUUUUAGUAAGUAGUGAGGUAACUUGUUCCUGUCUUUUCUUUUUAAGAUGUGAGCUAAGAGAAAUCAUUUCUCCACGAAUGACUGACUUAUGAGCCUCCCAAACAGAAGUUGGGGAGACCUCGGGAGUAUAUUAAACCUAAAAUAGUCAGACAAUUUAUCGCUUAGGGUUGUAACCUGCGAGGCAGAUUCCAAAAUCAUGGGAUUCAUCCGCCAUGUCCACUCAAACCCCUCUAAUUCUGGAAGAGCUACUACACAUACUAUAGGAGCAUGAUCAGAGACCGUAAUCCCAAGUAUAUCAGACCUGCAUACAUUGAUAAGCGACCUGUCAGGAAUAAAUAUUUAGUCCAACCUAUGAUAGGACUUGUGGGGGACCGAAUAAAAAGUAUAAUCUUUAGUGUCUCCAUGGGAAGACCUCCACACAUCACACAUACCCAUAUCAAGUAAUUGCUUGUUCAAUUUCCUCAAACGUGAAGCUGGGACCACCGAUCUCCCCGUCGAGGAAUCAAGUGCUGGGUUUAGGGUGAGGUUGAAAUCACCUCCUAUUAGUAAAAGGCCUGAUGAAAACUGUGAAAUAAUGGUGAGCAAUUUGCACAACCACCUAGCCGUACCACUAUUUGGUGCGUACAGAUUGCAGACUGUAAUCUCUCUCGAGCCCAGUUUACCUCUCAAUAGAAUAUAUCUCCCCUCAGGAUCAGAUAUCAUGGAGGCCAUCACAAAAGGAAGGUUUUUAUGUACCCCUAUACUGACUCCUCUGGAAGCUUUAUCAAAACAUGCAUGAUACCAAGUGGAGUAACCUGACUUAUUCAUGUUAGGGAUGCGUCCUUUCUUGAAAUGGGUCUCCUGCAGUAGCAGGAUGUCUGCUGACCUCCUCCUGAGCAACUGCAUAAUACGGCUCCUUUUAACGGGGUGGUUGCAACCCUUCACAUUAAGGGAGGUUAUUGUUAAGUUCAACGGGGCCAUAACAGUCUGUCAGGAGGAAGUUCGCCUAAUAGCCACCCGCUCACCCCAAAAGUGAUCCAGAGUUGUGAUAACAUAUGAGUAAACAUAAUGAACAAUAAAAUUAACAAAUAGUAGGUAUACAUGGCUCCGAUGGAAUUGGAGCAGGGGCAGAUAAAACAAUAAAGAGGAAAAAAGAAGCCUGAUCCGCCCAAACUCUCCACACAUAGGCUUAAGGAGAGUUCACCUCUAUGGUGUAUGUAAAAAGCACUUAGAAGGUAUUAGCCCAGAACAGCCUUAUUGCUAUCAUUGGAGGCUAAGUAACUGCUUGGCUAGUACCACAUAAGUCAGCCAUACCUGAACCUGAUAGCUACCUAUGCGGGUCCAAAUUAUCGCCCACACAACCAGCUAUCAUGAGUGGGCAUGAUCACAAUUACCUCCGUCUAUGAAGAGACCUAUACAGAGGGCAAGAAAAGCUGAGGCCAUUAGUAGUUAAUACAUAAAUGCGAAGGAAAAUGAGAUUCCAACCAGGUAAAACAACGAAGUCCUCAGGAACUCCUGGAACUGGUAAGAAGAUAAAUGAAGGAUGACUUCAUCUCCCUCUCAAUCGUUAGAGUCAGGCUGGAGAGAACGUUGAUGCUUUUGGGUCUUUUGUCUCCUGACAGUGGACCAGCUGGACGGAGCUUUGACAGCAGGUGAGUCGGGUAUUAUGGAGACUGGGAGCCAUGACGGGAGUUUAAUCGGGAUAAGGCCCAAGGGUUCCUAUAUCUGCUCCAGAUCACUUGGGGUGCGAAUGGUAUAUCUCCUAUUCCUUGCGUAGAUCAGGAGACCGAAUGGGAAUAACCAGCGGUAGUUAAUGCCAGCUUCCCUUAGUGCCGCGGUUAGGGGUUUCAUCACCCUUCUCUUCUGUAGCGUGGUAGGUGAGAUAUCUUGAAACACCUGGACUUCUGCACCACCAAUAAAGACAUCCGGAAGAUCCCGCGCUUUCUUCAGUAAAGCCUUCGCAUCUCUAUAACUGAGUAAUCCACAAAUGAUAUCUCUCGGAUUCUCAGAGGGCAAGGGCUUUGGUCGGAGGGAACGAUGCACGCGCUCCACUAUUAUGGAAGAGGCCCGGUCAGCGCCUACCAAAAAGGAGCAUAGUUCCUUCAUAAUGCUGAACAGAUUUUCCUUAUUGGAUGCUUCUGGGAAGCCUCUUAUCCGUAAGUUCUUCCUCCGGCUCCUAUUUUCUUGAUCCUCUAUCAUCGCGAUGGAGUCAUUAAGAGCCGUUUGACAUGAGGACAAUGAUUGUCUGACCGCAACAUUGAAGAUUUGCUGAUCUUCACUUCCAAUAUGGCGGAUGUCAGCUUUAAUGUGGGAAAGAUCUUCAGCUAGCGGGGCCAAAGCCUUGCUCAGGGCUAAGUCCAGGUAAGCUGCAGUCAGCGGAGGAUCGGCUGUUGCACCUGAAGAGGCAGUAGUGUAAUCCUCUUCUGCAUCCGCGCUAUCUAUCAGGUCACCGGCCCCUCCGUCCCUAGCUUCGCGCCAGGCUGCGCCAUCUUGGGCUGCACUGUAUCCGCGCGAGGUCUCGGUUUAUUCAGGUAUUUCUCCAUAGAUUUGUCCUGUUUGGCGAUUUUACUCACGCUGGACAUCUUCACUGCUAAUUCUUUGGGUUGAAUCUUCACCAUAGUAGGCAAAACGUGCUGUAGACAGGCUAAUGGAGAGCUUGGUGACGGGAGCUCUAUUCAGAGGCAACCGCCAUGAAGCGAGGUCCAGGUACAGGUAAAUAUUGAUUCCAGAAUAAUGCUCACCUUGCAGAGUUCUGCUACCUGUAGGCACAACUUUAGAUAAAGCUCAUCAAGUUGUAGACUGGAAUCCAGAUGUCGGUUGGUCUGCAGCCACAGAUGGAGGUCUUCCUAUCGGAGAUGCCUGGAAUCCCCAGGAAGAUGCAAACUUUCCAAAAACUAGAUUCUCCUAUGGCGCAAGGAAACCACUUGGAACUGAACCCGAGUUCGGGAAAUGGCCCUUUACAGUAGAACUCAAUUUCUGAAGUUAUUAUGCGAAGUCUCACGAGACUUCGAAAAGUAAUAACUUCGGCUCAUUGGAGU